AUGCUACUUAGACGAUGGUAUCCCACGUCUGUAAGCUGCCAUUUACGCACAGCUACGUUUCGAUACUACAGUGUACCGAGAACGGAGAAAGAACCGCUAACGAUGAGCAACGACACAGGACCUAAGAACAGAUCGUCAAUCGAGGUUGGAUGGUCGACAUUUAAAAACAAGAUAUCAGAUGUCAAUUCUAGCGCUAGGGCUGUUUCAUUGCAAAUUAAGGACCAGAUAAAUAAGGCGAAAGCGGCCGUGAGAGAAGCGGACCGAAGAUUUGAAGAACAGGACAAAAUAGUUGGAAAUGACGAUCAGGCCGGCUACAAGAAAGAUUUCGAUACACAGGCCACAAUUGGUGGCCUACCCUCUGAGCGAGAACGUAAACGACGCAGAUGGGCUCGAAAACUUGAGUUUUACUUUGAUUCUUUGCAAGAGACGAUUUUCACUGCGACGCGAGCGUUGAACGACGUAACAGGGUACUCGGCGAUCCAGAAACUGAGAAAAAGCAUUGAAUCGAUGGAAUCACAGCUGACUGCUACUAAGGGACGUGUCAAAGAAAGCAAGGGCGAGUACGACACGGCUAUCGCCGCGAGAUCACAGUCGCAGCGAGAAUUGAAUGAGCUGUUGCAGCGGAAAAACGCAUGGACGCCGCAAGACCUCGAGCAGUUCACGCAGCUGUACAAGGACGAUGCAGUGAACUUACAGAGACAAGAAGACGCCAAGCAGAGGCUUGCAGCGAGCGAACAGCAGGAAGAUGAGCUUUCAAACGAUCUGUAUCGCGCGAUUUUGACACGGUACCACGAGGAGCAGAUCUGGUCCGACAAGAUCCGCCGCACCUCGAGUUGGGGCACCUUCAUUCUCAUGGGCGUCAACAUAGUUUUGUUUUUGGUAUUCCAACUGCUUCUGGAGCCCUGGAAAAGACGUAGACUCGUCGGAUCCUUUGAAGAUAAAGUGCAGCUCGCGUUGGAAGAGUAUGCUUCCAGCCAAAAUACCAAGCUUGACGCAAUGUCGAGCGACAUAUCUACCAAGAUGGCCUCACGGUCUGUGGAGGCACCGUCGUCCGCAUUUCAGAAAUCAGAGAGUGAGCUCUCAAUUUCAGCAUCAUCUCAGCAGCCACCGACGCAAUUUUCUGCUCUUGCGAUGUCUUCUCCUCGGGAGUUUUUCACGACGCUAAAACUCAAUACCCACGCUCUUAUCAGUUGGGUAUCAAAAUUCCUGGGCAAGCUAUACCAACUGCAGAGAUCCAAUUCAGCCGCCUCGAUAACCCUCUCGAAGCCUGAGCUCGUCCUGUAUUCGACUAUCGUUGUGUCUAUUAGUUGGCUAUUGAGCCUUGGCACUGCGAGCACGUGA